CAUACAAGAGGAUGUAUUGACAAACUAGUGCCACGUCUGGAAAGCCUGCUAUGAUGCCUUUAAUUUGAGGAACUGCUCUGAGAUGUCAUUCUUUACCGAGACAAGCCAGUGUCUGAUGUUUAAGGUCAUCUGCAAGACUGACACGUAUGAGGCGCGCCACUAUGACGCUGCGAAGUGGGUGUCAACCACAGAGAGCUACUGGUCCAUGGACAUUGCCUGUAUGAGAGCAUUUAUGCGGCUGUACAAGUACAUCAGUGGUGAAAACGAGAUGGGACAAAAGAUUCAAAUGACGACACCUGUCGUGGUCAAGAUGGGCGAAAAGAAGUGGUUUUGGCAAACAAAAGAAUUCACAGUGAGCUUUUUGCUGCCCCGGGAGCACCUGGCCAAUCCUCCAGUGCCUACGAACGACAAGGUGUUCCUCAGUGAGUCGCCUGCUCAAAAUGUGUACGUGCGGACCUACAGCGGGUGGAUGAACUCGCUGAGUGACUGUCAUGAAAAUGAAGCGCUGAUGUACGACCUGAUGAAGAAUGCCGCUUCGUUCAAAGAAGACUGCCACUUUGGCGUUGGAUAUAACAGCCCCUGGACAAUGUUCAAUAGGCGCAACGAGGUGUGGUUGAUGAUAGAGGACGACCCCGUGUGUUCCAGCAGUGAAGAACUGGACUGAUGCAUCGAAUUUCAUCGCACAGGGUGUGCCAAAAACAAAAAAACAAAGGCAUGUUGUAGCUUUAAGACACCCAGCAGCAUAUAUUAGAGAUUGGUUCUGCAUUUGAGGAGAAAUUAAAAAAAAUAAAAUAAAAUAAAAUAAAUAAAAAAAGUUUUUUUUUCUUUUCUUUCCCCCAGAUAGUAAUCAAUAAAGUUACUAGUUUGCAA